UAUACUAACACUCCAGCCAACUAAGGUGGCCUGCCGCACAGAGUUCCUUGGAAAGACAAUUCUGUCAUGGAAUUGUCAAAGAUGUCAGACAUGACAAAGCUCCACCAGGCUGUGGCUGCAGGGGACUGCAAUUCAGUGAAGAAAAUUUUGAAGAAAGGUCUCUGUGAUCCAAACUACAAGGAUGUGGACUGGAAUGACAGGACCCCACUUCACUGGGCGGCCAUCAGAGGGCAAAUGGAGGUGCUACAUCUCCUGAUACAAUAUGGAGCCAGACCCUGCUUGGUGACUGAUGUGGGCUGGACCGCAGCUCACUUUGCAGCUGAGUCAGGCCAUCUGAACGUACUCAAAACUCUCCAUGAACUGUAUGCUGCCGUUGACGCUGCUGACUUCUUUGGAGACACACCCAAGAGGAUUGCACAGAUCUACGGGCAGAAAGCCUGUGUGGACUUCCUGGAAAAGGCAGAACCGGAAUGCCGGGACCGCCGCCAGAGAGGGCUAUUGCUCGAUGAGCAGGAUCCGGAUUGGGACCUCAAGAAAAGAGAACUAGAGCUGUCUCUUCCAGCUCCAGGUCAAAACACCAACAAAAAGAAGAAGAGAAUCCGAGGCUCCACCAGGGUCAGCCAUCCCAAGGCCUGGAAGAUAUGAGAAAGCGGGGACCCAGGACACAGGCUCAAGCAGGCCUAGCCUGGAACCGGACUUCCUGUCUCACAAGAUUUGACUCAGCCGCCUUUACCCAGGCUUCUACAGAAAGUCACGGCCAGCCACUGAGCUGGAAAGUAUUGCCAGAGUGUCCUCUUAGAAAGGCCGAUGUCUCUCUUCGCGAAAACCUGAUGACCCGAAGGGGACGCGUCAGCUUACAGCUGCUUGCGUUUUGUUUUUAGUGAUUUGCAGUGUCAGCAUGCUCUACAUCUCACCCCACCAACACACACACACACACACACACACACACACACACACACACACACAAUGUUUGAGAUCAAAGAAAGAGCUCUUCCGAAGAAAUUAAUUUGACUAGAGCAAAAAAGAAAAAAGAAAGAAAUAAAAAGGAAAUGAAAACAAAUUCUAAAAUCUUCCCAACAUGACAUUCUAUCUAUGAAUAAAAUAUUUUUUGUCACAAAAACUAAACAACAAAAACGUGAGCCAAUUCAGUCUUUUGUUGUUUGUUUGUUUGGUUUUUCGAGACAGGGUUUCUCUGUGUAGCCUUGGCUGUCCUGGACUCACUUUGUAGACCAGGCUGGCCUCGAACUCACAGUGACCCCCCUGCCUCUGCCUGUGUGUGACUGGCUCACUUUUUUUUUUUUUUUUUUCCUUUUGGGAGCCCACAGUCCUAGCACUGAUGAUUUUACCCAUGAUCACAUCCUCCCAUGAACAAUGGUCUGGGCAAUGCAGCCUCUCGCUGAGAGACAGCAAAUGAAAAGCCGGACAUAAAGGGACUCUGCCCCGCAUAAAGGGCAUCAGCAGAAAACGGUGGAAUGUGGGCUUGUCGGUCUGGUUUUACAAUGAUGGAUUUUACAAGUUAGAUCAGAUACUACAAGAAAAAUAGAGCACCUAAACUGAGACACAAAUACGGAUUGAAGUGUUGAAAAGAAAUGUUAAACAAAGAAAAUGUUAAACGCCUCAUUAGCUGCUUUUAAUAUUGAUUUGCUGAAAUAUCUCAGAUGUUUCAGUGCUAAGUAAAAUAUACUAUUAAAAGCAAUU